AUGAGUCGCUCUGUUUUGAUAUAUGGUGGCGGUUGUAUUGGAGCUGUGGUCAGCUUCAUGAUCUCAGCCACGAUCCCUGCAAGAGAUCUCGCAAUUAUAUGCCGGUCAAAUCACGAGGAAGUUACCCGGAAGGGCUUGACGCUGCAUUCAACAAUAUGGGGGAAAGACCUUCAAAUCAGCCCGAUGUGCUUCAAGACUGUGGAGGAGGCCGUCGAGCGACACAGGCCCGAGUACGAUUACGUUUUCAUCACGACCAAGGGCCAGUCAAAGCUCGAUACAAAUACCGAAGUAGUAGCACCCGCUAUAUCGGCCCAAACAGCUAUUGUACUGAUGCAGAAUGGUAUUGCUAUUGAGGCUCCUUGGCGCGAGAGAUUCCCUUGCAACCCCAUCAUAUCAGCAGUGCUAUACCUUCCCGUCUCGCAGGUUGAGCCCAGCGUCUUUACACACGCACUGCAUACUGAGAUUCAGAUUGGAAUCUAUCCUUCUCAAUGUCCAGAGGAUGACUCACGUGCCGAGGCGGCCUGCGAUGAGCUGUGUGCCAUGUUGAAGCGAGGAGGAGCCGCUGUCACCGUGGAGGACGAUGUGCAAGUCGCACGAUGGAAAAAGAUACUCGUCAAUGGUUCUGAGAACCCGGUCUGCGCGCUUACCCAAUUACCGGAUGCCACAUUCUUGCAGAGCAGCCCCUUGGCGAUCCAGAGAACACGAGAGUUGAUGGAGGAGAUUGCGGCGAUAGCCCGCGCGGUGGGAUACCCUCAGAUUGACCAGGAAGUGGUGGAGGCGCAGCUCAGCUUCAUUACUGCGCGUCCCCUCCCAGGAGUUGUGCCCAGUAUGAUGGCUGAUGUGAAAGCUAAGCGGCCGAUGGAGAUUGAGCCACUUCUGGGCAACUUGCUCAUGUUGGCCAAGGAAUCGUCGACACCAUCCCCUAGGCUGCAGUUAGUGUAUGCUCUGCUGAAAGGUCUUAACUUGAGCUACAAUUCUUGA